UGACGGAGAGACAAUAAGCGGGAGGACAUCGAAGAAUAUGCAGCGGAUUUUUUCGCCAACGGACCGAUCGGUCGAUGGUCCAAAGUCGACUGUCAGGCCGUGGCGGUCGGGUGCUGGCGGCGUCUCGACUCUUGCGCCGCGGGUUCCGCGACUCCGUCAGACGGCGCCCCGACGCUGGUACCGUCGGACGGAGCGGUCGGUCGGGCCACCAGUCAGCCUCCAGUUGAGCCACCAGUUCUCUCUCUCCCUCUCGCUCCCUCCCUCGCGGCGUACGCGCGCACCGUGCGCACCCCCCCUCCUCAAGUGCGCGCGCGCGCGUUCUCCUCCGUUAGGAUCCGUUUUGGUGUGGUCGUGUGCGUGUGUGUGCGCGGAGUUGUACGCGCACAUGCACGGCGUCUCUCCUUUCUUCGUCGCGCGCUCGCCGACAUCCUGCGAGAGUCUCUAUCCGUCGAACGGCACGAGAGGGAGUCCGAGUUCCUGGCUCGUCCCUCGCGGCUGCAGUGCGUUCCCAAACAUCCACGAGACAACCUCGAAGUGUCCGGCACGCACGCACGCACGUAUCGCCUGUUUGCAAGGGCCACGAGGACCGACAGGGUCCAGUCCAUCCUGAGGGCGCGCGUCGCGGAGGUCGUCACCCGCCUCGAUAACUGGAAAAAUCGGGAAUCUCGCCCGAUCCUGGGAACAGGACACCUCUCGAUGGUCCGCUGACGUGCGUGAUUCACCGAGGCCUACCCUCUGCCGUCGAAGUACGCGCUGGCGAGCUUUUCCGCGCGUGUGCUCCCCGCGAGGAUCGUGCGUGCCACUCUCGAGGGCCUCGUGACGCGUAGACGGUUCCGUGCGGCCGACAAUCUGCGGUCCACCGCUCCGGAGAAGAGACGCCGUGUGCCGAGCCUGAAGAGGAUGCUGUGAGAUUUGGAUGGGUGUCGAGUGUAUCAGGUGACUCGAGGGUGACUGUGGUGACAGAGCGACAGGGGGUACAACGCGUUCGAUGGGAAAUGCGUCGAACGAAGAGACAUCGAGGGUGCCAAGCUCGACGGAGAAGCUAGCAGCGUGACCGACUGGGAUCUUGGCCGACUUCACCGUGUGGAUAGGUCAACGAAAGGACCACGAAGGAUCCCGAAGGAGCCGAGAAUAAUCGCCUGAGAGAGACUUUUCCUCGAUCGGUGAUCAGCUGACGCUGCCACGGUUAGGUGUCCGAGGACUCUGAGUUCCGCGAGCGGAUGGUGUGUGCAUCCUGUUGAUCCUCGGUGUCGAAUGAGCGAGGGUUAAAGGACAAACCGGUGGAGGGUUCAGGGGCGUGAGUCGGCGAGUCUCGAGCGUGUAAAUAGGUGUACAUAAGGGUCCCGCGACUCCGCACGGAGGACGUGUCUUCGCGUUUGGUCUCCCCUUUUUUCGUCUAUCUCCCUCUCCGUCGCUCCUUCUCCAUUUCUCCAGUUACUCCUGUAAGUACGGAAUAAGUAAUAAGUCGUAAGUUGUUCGAGGUUAGCUGCGCACCGAACUGUGCAACGGUGGAACGAGCGCGGUGUGUAUAAAUGUGUAUAAAUCGUAAGGCUAGGAUCUACUAAAUCUCUCGAUUCUCUGUUCUCUUUCGGGUUAACGAAGAUAAGUAUUUAAAAAAAAAAAAAACAAUAAAAUAUUUAAAAAAUAAAUAAAUAAUGUAAUAAGAAUACAAUUCGCAAAUGCAAGUCGGAGCAGUACGGGUAUCCAGCGCUUAGCCUUUUUUAGCAGCGGCGCGAUAAUUAAUUAGCUCGCGGAGCGAAAGCACCGUCGAGCCGCGCGUAGAAACACUCCUAGGGGAAGAAGUCGGUCGUCGAACACUCGACCGGGUCGCGUUGGGUGGAAGCGUGACGCGUUUCCGUCGCGAGGAUCUCGGGUCGACGAGCUCCACGAUCAGCUCAAGGCCGAUUCGUUAGAUAAAAUUGUGCGCCGGUCGCCGCGGGAGCUCGAAUUCGCACCUCGCAGGAGGGCAUUCGAGUCCGGAUUUUUAAUCUAAGAGGAAGGUAAAAAAAAAAGGGGGACCAAUUUUUCACGUUCAUUCGCAAUCUCUUCCUUCUUUUUCAUCUCGUCCGUCGUUGUCUCUCUCGUUCCCGCGCUGUUUCCCUCUAUCCACCUUUAUCUUCUUAAUCCAGCCGGCGGACUAUCCUCAAAUCUCUCUGUACGCUCUUUCCGUAUUAACUCCGUCAUCGUGGGACCGGUGGGGCCACCGGAAGCACGAGCAGGUAGUCGCGACUAACGCAAGCAAUAAAUCAAGAGCAAACGUCGCAACCCAACGCCGGAGACUCGACUCAGAGGCACCUAGAAGAUUCGGUUCGACGCAGAAGCGACCCCUCGGUCAGGGUACGUUGAAUUCGUUCAGUGACCAGAAUAAAGGGUGAUCGCCAUCCAUCCCCAUUCAACUGGGGAGGUCGUCGAAGCGUAGACACCAGCAGCACGACACUGUCCGUUACGCCGACGAUGCCAUCAUCCUGAAACGGGCAUGACGCCUCUGGCCUCGAGAUGCGACGAGACCACCACCAUCCUGCUGCUGCUGCUACUCGAGCUGGCACCCGGUGCACGCUGCUACUCGCGCGCGGCCGUCGCGUCCACCACGACUUCGUCGAGAUAGCAUCAACAGUCGACGGCGAGGGUGCGAGUGAUGCCGCUCCUCGGCAGCAUUAUGACCAUCGACGCCGGUAGUUCGACCACGGCGUCCACCAGCGUCUUCGAGGAGAACAUGACGUGGCCUCGACCAACAGGUGGCACUACGUCUUCUGUUAACGAGGCCCACUCGAGCCGCGCGAUCCCGAGCGACGAGCAGCAUCCUCGAACAGGGAAUCCCGACGUCGACGGAGGACUCGACAUCGACGGAGGACCCGACGUCGACGGAGGACUCGUCGUCGACGCCAGGGUGAACACCACAACGGUACAAGAGGUCGGCGUUCACGGCAAGGAAGGAACGACGAGGACGGACUGUGCGUGCGUCAGAUCGUACACCGGGGGACAAUACGUCGGCGGGGACAGCACGUCGGGAUCGCCGUUCCUCGUCGCUGACGAGACGGACGAGCUGGACGUGACGGGGAGCGGCGAGGGGAGCACCGCUGAUCUGAACAGCACCAUCGGCGUCGGGAAAGAGGACGCGGCAGGGCUCAGAGAGCUGGAGCUGCUGUUCGGUUUGGGCGGGAUCAUGGAGGACAUCGGACCGUACAACGACUCGUUCAACGACAGCCUGCCAUUGGGGUGGAACAGUAGCCUGAGCAACGACACGUCCACGUACGUUAUCUACGGCGAGAGCAUGUACCCCUCGGGCUACACCAUGCCGCACAUAGUGCUCGCGUCGAUUAUAGCGACGCUGCUUAUGAUCGUGAUCGUCGUUGGUAACAUGCUGGUGAUAAUCGCUAUCGCCACCGAGAAGGCGUUGAAAAGCAUACAGAACUGGUUCAUCGCCAGUCUAGCGGUGGCGGAUUUCUUCCUAGGUCUGGUGAUCAUGCCGUUCUCCUUGGCAAACGAGAUCAUGGGCUAUUGGAUCUUCGGCUACUGGUGGUGCGACAUUUACUCGGCCAUGGACGUGUUACUGUGCACCGCCAGCAUCAUGAACCUGUGCCUGAUCAGCCUCGACAGAUUCUGGAGCAUCACCCACGCGGUGGAGUACCUAAAGAAGAGGACGCCAGCCAGAGCAGCGCUGAUGAUCGCUCUGGUGUGGUUGCUCUCGGCUCUGGUGUGCAUCCCGCCGCUAUUGGGUUGGAAAAGACCCACUCCGGAGGAGGAGUACCCCAAGUGCAAGCUUUCAGAGGACAUCGGCUACGUCCUUUAUUCCGCCCUCGGAAGCUUCUACAUCCCGUCGUGCAUCAUGGUGUUCGUGUACAUACGUAUAUACUUCGCGGCGAAGGCUCGCGCGCGUCGCGGCAUCAGGAAGCAGCCGCGACGCCGAACGGCGGCACCGCCCGAGUCACCGGACGUCAGGCAAACCAGCUUCACUCAGAGCACGCCUGCCACAGAGACGAAGAAACCGCCGGGGUCCGUCAUGGAGAACGUCGCCACCAUCGAAAACCAACCGGUCCAGAUAGUCAUCGUCACCUGCGACUUCGCCAGCGACGUCAGCACCUCCGAGCCAGACCCUGGCGGGGGUAACAGCAUACCGCUGGAGGAGAAGGACACGCUCAAGGUGGCGAUCCCAAUGCCGAUGCCGAAGAGCAUCCUGAAGGCGACCAUGUCGGUGAACGGCGACGGGCAGUCGAGCGUCCCGCCGCGGUGCCGGGCGCCGAGCGUCGGGAUCGACGUCGACAUGGUCUCCGAGUUCGACCCGUCGUCGUCGGACAGCGGCGUGGUGUCCAGGUGCGCAGUGGUGAAACCGCUGAAACUGCGACUAUGCCAGCCGAUUUUCGGUCGCAGGAACCUGGCCAAGCUGAGACGGGAGCACGGCGACGUCGGCCGGCACUCGGCGAAGGACGAGGCCGCCGAGGCGAAGUCGAAACCCCGGGACCCCGAGAGAGAGAAGAGGAGACUGGCGAGGAAGAAGGAGAAACGCGCCACGCUAAUCCUCGGCAUCAUAAUGGGCAGCUUCAUCGCCUGCUGGCUGCCGUUCUUCGUCCUCUACAUCGUGAAGCCCCUGUUCCCGUACCUCGAUAUACCCUCGCAGGCGUUCGUCAUAGCCUUCUGGCUAGGCUACAUGAACUCGGCCCUGAACCCCUUCAUCUACACCGUCUUCAACAAGGACUUCCGCCGCGCGUUCCGCAGGAUACUGUUCAAGUGAACCAGGUCAUUCCUCGACUGCUCCUCGAAUUCCGAGCGGGUUCUGGGUACCGCGAAGAGGGAUCGAUCGCGCGUAUCCUCGUCGCAAGGGAAACGAGGAGGACGGUCGAAGGAAGGACAUGAACGCCCGGCGACGUCUAAGAGACCCAAAGCCCCUAGCUGAAGCGGUGGGGGCGCGUACCUGGGCGCGGCAAAUGGGCAAAUUUCUUAUCUAGAUACACACAUCGCGUAACGAAUCAAAAUGAACUCAACGACGCAGGGACAGGGGAUUGUGUGUUACGAUCGCGAUGACGAAUGACGAGUAGUCAGUAGGUGGGCUGGUUGUUUCAAUUUGGCAACUAGCUUCCGGUGCGUUCGUGUUUGUUAAACAAGGAGGAUCCCGAGGGCUCGGACCCCUCUCCUUUUCUCGAUCAGCGGUAGAAGCUAGGAGAUUGUGCUCGUGUCGCCAGACAAACCGCGUUCGACUACUGGCUACGCGAUGAGAAUCAGAAUUUGAAUUACAGACUGCCCGAUCGGAUAAACGUCACGAGUAAAUCGCUACACGAUGGCUUUAUUCGUCAUUUAUUAUUCGGAAUAAUAGGUUGCCCAUCUCUGACGCGGUGAAACUCGAGGUAGACGGAAUCGUCGAGAUUCGCGGAAAGCUAGUGCCGGGGAUGGGAUCACGGAGGAAAUCCUUGGUGAGGAAUUUGAGAUUUGGUUAGGCCACUUGUGCUUGGUGGAACACAUAUGGCGACCUCGUAAGGGUACGAGCGUGUUAAGAUGGUAGCGCCCUUGGCUGCAGGGUAGCGACAGAUCAGGGCCAGCUUGGGAGAAGAUUUAUUGAAUAUUGGAGCUUUAACCCUUCAUUGCGUGAAUUUUAUUUUAUUUCGCGGUUAUGGAAUAUUAAAAAUAAAUGGAUGUAUCAAUGGAGCAAUUAAAUUCUCCGAGCGCACAUCUUGUGAAAUUUCUUCAAUGAACUUUACAUACAACAUUUUUGUAAUUAAAUCUUCAAUUAGGGAUACUACGUAGGUCCAUGUCUUUCGCCGCCUAGACCAACCAGUCAUACAACAAGAAGUCGAUGGUGAAGGCUUGAGUGACCCAAAGCUACCAUGGUAUACUAGCCACAGUCAGUGUUACGCUUGACCAAAUGAUUCCUGCUCUUCUGAAAGUUCCCAGCGCCAGAAUUAAUCACGAUCCCGUUUUCUUUAUGCAAACGUCUGCCUAAGCUGAUAACUCUCUCCCAGAUGAGCAUGAAUCACCGUGACCAAGUGUACGUGAGACUCUGUAGCCAACAGGCUACUACAAGGAGAGAUUUAUUCGGGGUACACCCAACAGGGGCUCAGCUAUUACAAACUGACGUAAAUAGAUUGCUAUUUUUGUGCCACCAACACUCGUGAGGUCUGCAGAUUCAAUGUACACCAUUAUCAAUCUGCAGUCGAACGUGCGAGUCACGAAGAGCUCGAGAUGAAAAGGUGUUCGGGACACGAUUUGCCCGCGGUGGUCAUGAAUCCUCUAUGAGGUGUCCCGGACCGCCGUGUGUCAGCGACAGCUGCUACUUCUCCCUCGAUCGGAUACAACUUCCGACUAGUUGUCAAUUCACAACGACAUCGUCGAAGACGAAUGGAACCUCGCGGGCACCUCGACAGAGUCGAGGAAAUUGCUACGCUGCGUUUCGAGCUAACUGUGCACUCCGUGAGAAAUUCGUGUCGGCUUAUAUAGGGCCAGUUAGGCGUUACCCCCCUCCUAAUCUGCGCCUGAUUUGACCGCGCAUUAUGUGACGGCUGCGCAGUAUCAUUACGCCGCUGACUGCUCGACGGAGCGGGUCGGACCCUGCCGCAACAUCUAAUUACCGUGUUUAAACUUGCUAUUCGUCUGAAUUGUAAUGCAUGUCUAUACUUUGUCUAAAUGCUUUGGUUUAAUAAGAACAAGAAGCAAAUACCGGUAGACUUAAUACUUGUGGAAGUUUAAAUUGCAUUUCAUUUUAUAUACCAUCCUGAUACAUAUUGCGUUAUAAGUAUUCCAUAGAUUUUCCUUAUACAUAUGAAUUCGUUUUUAGUACGCCAUAAAACGUAUACAAUAAAGAAUAAUUUAUUAUUUCUUAGAAUGAUAACCUGUAAUAUCAUUUCAUAGU